AUGCGUGAAACUAUUGGAUAUAGACUCGAAAAUCAUCUUAAUAUUACAUCUUUGGAUUGGCAAGAUUAUCUCGGUGAUGCAAAUGAAAUUGUGGGAGGAGACGUAGUAGAUAUAAAACAAUAUCCAUACCUAGUCAGCGUUUAUCAUAUAUAUAUGAAGGGGUUAAUUUGUGGUGGAUCUAUUUUGAGUGAAAGAUAUGUGUUGUCUGCCGGCCAUUGUCAUAUGUUUUGUAUUGGUUGCUAUCAAUUAAGAGUAGGCAGUUCUUACUAUGCAGAAGAAGGUUACACGUAUUCAGUUUCAAAUGUAACCAUGCAUCCUCAAUUUAACAAAAAUACUCUAGAUUAUGAUAUUUCUAUUUGGACACCGACAGAAAAAAUUGCAUUGAAUGGAGUUACAAUAAAAACUGUAAAGUUGCCAGAUAUAGGAAGUGUCUUACAUUCUGGAGCAAAUAUUAUUGUUAUUGGAUGGGGAAGAACAUCAGAGAGCGGGAAUGUUUCCGAAGUUCUCAGAGCUGUUACAGUGCCGGUGACCACAGAGGAGUAUUGUAGUAGUGCGUUCAACGAUACUAUUACGGAACGUAUGUUCUGUGCCGGAUUUGUUGAAGGUGGCAAGGACGCCUGUUAUGGAUAUUCGGGCAGUCCAGCUGUUUCUGCGAAAAAUUUGGUACAAUAUGGAAUCGUAUCUUUUGGUAAUGGUUGUGCAAGACCAGGCAAACCAGGGGGCUAUACUAAUAUAACUGUAUUAAGGGACUGGAUACAAAAUAUCACAGGAAUUUAA